AUGUCAAGUCAAAACUCGCCUUCUAGGAGUUGUGGGCGCCCUCCCUUGAGAAGUCUGGAAAAUGAAAAACAGCUUCUUUCUCCUCCACUCAGACGAAAAUCCAAAUCACAGUUGAACAAGGAAGAUGUCUGUCUGGGCCCUUGCUCUCCUCCACCAGCCCAAAUGACACAAACCAUUGAAGAAGCCGCUUGUGGACUUUCUGAUGUCACAUUUAAAUCCUUCAUUUGCUCCAGUGGAGAAGUGAUUGUUUCAGAAGAGCCGUCUCUGUGUACAGAAGACAGCAUAAUUUUGCCGGAGGACCAAACUGCCACCGAGACCUUUGAAGAAGAAGACUUGGACAGCAGUGAGAUCUGUAGCAUGCAUGCAGAACAUCCCUACUGCUUUCCAGAGCAACCAGACAGCCCACUUGUUGAUUUCCCAGACAAGACUGAUGCGAUGGAUGUCUCAAUAAAGUGCACAAGUGUUGUCUGCGAUGUAACAUUCAAGUCAUUCACCUGUGCUGGAGGUGAAGUGGAAAUUUCCGACAUCACUAAAAUGGCAGACGAGACUGUUCCUCUUAUAGAAGAACAAAUGGCAAGCAGUCAUCCAGAAGCUAGCUUUUUAGCUGCUGAUGUUCAGCAAUGCGGCAAUCACAUUGAACAUCCAUACUGCCAUUUUGAGACUAAUCUGGAUGUUCUUGGACAAGAGGAGGUGUUUGUGUGUACACAGGAACAAACUAAUGACUCCCAGAUCCAACAAAACAAUGAAGAUCUUCUACUGGGUUCCAUUCAAGAGAGUAAAAAUGAUGACGACUUAGCUGAUCUUACACCAGCCUCAAAGACAACAUCUCAAAAUUCCGUUUCUUUGAAUGUCCAACAUGAAUUAAUCGAUGGAACUCCUGUGCUUGGUGAAAUGUUAAACGAGACUGUUCAUCAACCUGGAGAACAAACUGCAACCGGCCAGUCACAUCAGGAAUUUAUAGUACCUAAUGAUGUACUCCCAGAUGCGGAACAGCAUGAGGAACUCAGUGAGGCAAAGGACAGCGCCCUAGGUUCGUCGGAAAAUGGACCUGAUGCACCUGUGGAGACCGUACCUAAUGUUUUCAAAGUGCUGUCGGAGUAUCCCUCGGUUGUAUCAGCUCUGCAUCUCAUCAGUCCUAUCCGAAGAGCAUCCAUGUCUCUCAUGAGGGCUCGCCGGGAAACCAUCAAUGAUUGCGAGAAGAAUGUGAUUCCACCUGAAACUGAAGAACAAACCGCUUGGUUGGUGGACCACUUGGAAAGCCCUAACCAAAGUCCCCUUUUAAACUCCACGACUCUGUGCAACAAACCCCAGUCGGAGGAUCCGCAGACAGAUUUGACUAAGAAGCUCCAGGGGUCUGCGCCAUCAUUCACUCCGGACGGUCCGCUUCAGCAGCAACUCCUACAGAUGGCGGAGUUUCUCAUCCUGGCAUCAGGAAAGAUGGAUUUCAUCGCACAUCCAACCACUACUGAACAAGCUCCUGUUCCCGUCGAGUCCCGGAGCACCUGCGUGGGCGUCACCCCUGUCAAACGUUUCGAUCGAAGCCUCAAUACGUCGGGAGAGUUUGUGAGGAAAGCGGAAUUUUCCGUGGCUGACGCUUGCACGCUCACGGAUCCUCUUCUUUGGAACUGCUUCCCAAACAGCCUGGAGCGCGUCCCCCGAGAGGAGCUGGAGCAGAGGCUGCUGUCGAGCAUGAUCGUAGUAGAGGCCUUGGUGCAGCAGCUGGCCGCCGCUCGAGCGCCAAUAGGCGGCCCCUCCGCGGGCCCGCCGCCCUCCGAGUUGCGGGACAGACCCGUACAGACGGACCAUACGGAGCUCAGCCAGACCACAAUGUACAGAGACUUAUAUAUGGAGGCUUUAAACCGAAUUGGUGACUUGGAGCAAGACGGAAGGUCUCUGCAGGAACUGGUCCAGUCAAUGCAGGGAAUGUGUGUUACCAUGACGUCUUUGAGAAGCGACACAGACGCAGCGCUCGCUGACAUGAAGAAAAUGGAGGCAUUUGUUCGAGAAGAUCAUAAAAGUCUCGCGUUGCAUUAUGACAAAAUGAAGUUAAUGUACAGAAAGUUCAACGAAAUACAGCUCCGAAUGACGCAGAAGGUGAAGGAAGCUUUCCAACAAAGAGAUGAGAUGAAGACUCAAAUGGAAGACGCCCUAACAUCCAAGGAUGCUGCCUUCAGUACAAUGGAGCAGCUGCGAACUCACUGCGCUCACGAAAUGGCAGAGCUUCAGAGGAGCGUCGGAUCUCAGCGCCAACUCCUGGCUGUCCUCAAUGGGGCCUUCACAGAGCAGGUUGCAUUGAACAAAACCAGCAGUGAAACGCUUGACUCUACUCUGAAUCUCGUGAGCCAAACAGUGGAAGAUCAGUCCAAUUUGACUAAAGAACUGUCGACAGUCAGAAACCUGGUGCAAAGGAGCGCUCCCUUGCUAGCGAAGCUUAACGAGAAGGCGGCAGCCGCUCUGAGGGAGAGAGAUGAGCACGUUUUGAUGCGUGAUCAAGUGGUGGAAGAGAAAAUGCUGCUGGAAGAGAAAUUAAAGCAAGCCCAGCAAAAUCUCCAAGCUGCCGAAGAACAGAUUUGUGACUUAAAUCAACAGGUUACAAUUUUGACUUCAGAGUCUGCCGUGCUGCGUCAGAAGCUAAUGGAGCGCGAAAAUGAGCGAACCCAGCUGGAGAGUACCAUGACCCAAAUGUCUGCCACUUUGUCCUCCACAAAGGCUUCCCAUACCAUGUUGGAGCACAUGCUAGCUGAAGAGACGUCCAAAUUGCAGGAGGCACAAAGAGACGCAAGCGAGGCCAAGGAACUAGCAGAGCAAUUAGCGUCGUCGAAGCUCCAGGCAGAGGAGGAUGCCGACGAGCUUGGUCGUCGUCUGGCUGAAAGAGAGGAGGACUUUGGUAGGUUGCUGGCGCGCUACCAGUCGCAGAGCUUGGAGAUCCAGCAGCUGAGGGACGUCUGCACGGAGCUUGGUGACGUCGCAGACAUGAACGCGUUCUUGCAGACAGAGAACCAGGUGGCUAGGGAGCAGCUCGCUGAAAAUGAGAACAUCCUCAUGGUUCUCCAUGAGAGGAACAUUCAAUGUGAAGACCUUAAAGAAGAACUCCACAAACAAGAGGGAGUGAUGCUACAUACGCAGGAGCAGCUGCAGGCCACACAGGCUGUAGCUGUCGCAAAAAAGCUCGAGUGGGACCAGGCCUUUGAUCACGCCGUCACGGAAAUCACCUUGAUUCAUUUCACGCUGAGGAAGAUGACCAAUGAGCUUCACCACACGCUAGUCAGACAGAAGCCCGAUGAAGAGAACACGCAAAAAGUGAUCCAUCGGGACCCAUCCAGCUCUUUGGUAGACAACGUCAUGGUUCCAUUAACUGCUCAGAAUCAGUGUGAGGAAGUGGAAAGAAGCACGCUACUUGUCUCCGUGGAAUCGCCAAGUGACGCUAUAUUUAGCAAGAACAGCGCCUUCACCCGCCUUCCGGUCAAAAAGAGCCUCGAGGCGCAGGAGUUGUGUGACAAAGAAGAGGAGCAAAACCGCCUGUUGGAGCCGCUGUCCCUCCUUAGCACAACGAUCACCGAGCUCGUCGAUGUCCUCGAGUCGGUGCAGAGGCACAAAGAUGCUCAGCUGGAGGAACUUCAACGCACUGUCUCUAGCCUGGAGACGACGCUGCAGGCUGAAAACAGCCAGCACAAAGCUGAGGUAUCUGAACUGAACCGUCAACUGAGUCUCGUGCAACAUCAGGCGGCUCGCCAAGAACAAGCGCGGCAGCAGCAAGAGCAGAGUCAGAAGAUAAUCGCGGAGCUGAUGGCUAAUGUCACCGAGGCUCAGGAGAUGUCGACCAAACACAGCCUGGAGUGCCACGAGUUGCGUCGAGAGACAAGUGAGCUUCGUCGCUCCCUCCAACGCUCACAAGCGGAAGUCCAAAUCCUGCACGGCGAGCUGAUGAAAGCGGCCGGACAGACAGCCGGUGACAUCAUAGAAGAGAAGCUUGUCUUAGUGAAAGAGGUGGAGCGAAUGAAGAAGAAGCUUCAGGAAACGGAGCAGACCAAGGCGAAACUCCUUGAACGGGCAAAACGACAUCAAAUGAUCCAACAAAUGAACAUGGAGAAGUGCGAGAACGAGUUGCAAAUGCUGAGCAACAUGGUGUCAAAAGUACGACAGACGUUGCUGUCCGUGCCCGAGGUGGUGAACAAUUGUGAGAAGCUGAAGAUGCUUUCAGAUUAUUUAGGUUGA